AUGCUGACCCCAGCGCAGCUCGCCUUCAGACAAACGGUUCACCAGUACGGCACGGAUCUCUGCUGGACGCCCAUGAUUCUAGCCAAGGAAUUCAACCGCAGUGAAUUUGCCCGCGACAGCGACCUCACCAUAUCAACUACGGCGGCGCAACCGCCCACGAUUCUCCAAUUCGGCGCCAACAACCCCCUCGAGCUGGCACGCGCAUCGUCGCUCGCCGCACCGUUCGUGUCAGGCGUCGACCUCAACUGCGGAUGCCCGCAGUCGUGGGCGUGCGCGGAAACCCUCGGCGCCGCGCUCAUGGACCAGAGAGCCCUUGUGCGCGACAUGGUGACGGAGACGAGGCAGCGCCUGCGCCAGGACGGAUGGGCCGUCGCCGCGGAGAGCGACAUGGAGAGCGCGAGCGGCCGCAGCGUCAGCGUCAAGAUCCGCGUCCACGACGAUCUGAGGCCUGCUAACGCGGCAGAAACACAAAGGAAAACGAUUGAUUUUCUCGAAACCGUCAUCGGGCACCCGCAGUUCCGCAACGUCGACUGGGUCACCAUCCACCCGCGGACGCGGCACACGCCGUCCACGACGCCCAUCUUCACCGAGGCCCUUGAGAUUCUGACGCAGAGGUACGCGGCUACGCUGCCGCUCCUCCUGUCGGGCGACGUGUUCGACCUCUCUGCCCUUCCUAUCCGCAGCACGAAGCCCCUGGAUCUGUCGACGCUCACCGUCAAGGACGAGGCCACGCCCCGGCCGAGCACGACUCACCUGUCGGGCUUCAUGUCGGCGCGGGGCUUGCUCGCCAACCCGGCCCUGUUUGCCGGCCACGCGGCAUGUCCGUGGGAGGCCGUGGAAACGCUCAUGUGCAAGAUGGCAAGGGCGCCGCUGCCGUUCAAGCUGGCGCUGCAUCAUGUGCAGGAGAUGACGGGCCCGGGCAUGGGCCCCGACAAGAGGGCCCUGCUGAACAAGAGGGAGAGGGCCGAGCUGAACGCCUGCGAGAGUAUGCUUGAUUUGGUGGACUUUUUGGACACAAAGGUGGAGGAGCACACGGGCAGAAAGGGAAUGCGCAGGGAUUUAUGA